GGUGCCGCAAAACUCCGGUGUCCAAAAAUAAUCAGCGGGGGCAUUGAGCUGGUGAGAUGUGGCGAUAGCCGGCCUCUACUUCGCGCACGUGUACGUAUGUGUUGUGUGUGUGUAUAUAUAUGUUCUCGAUUAAAUGUUAGAAAUGCGGGAGGCAUUUGAACGUCGCCAAAUCUCAUCCGACUUAUCGAACAGCUGUCGCGCGGAAUGCUGAAGUCCGUCUCCUCUUCUCGUCCAAUUCUCGGUUGAAGCACUCCGUUGUUUCAACUCAAGACUCGUUUAAUAGUUUAUACACCUACGGAGCAACGCGCACACACACGUACAUAGAAGCACACACGCACACGGGAGAAGGUCGGAGGAGUUACUCGCCUCUAAUAACUGUACCGCAUUCGCACGUGUUAACGUAUCGGGCGGUAUCUGUGCUUGCGCUGGCAUUAACAUUACCGCUGGUCAUCAAUCACCACAUAAUCGCGAGGCUCAUCGGACUGAUUAAGAAGUCACGCUUCGACCAUCGUCGCGAACAAAUAAAUAUAUUUGAACAACAACAUCAACAACAACUAAAGUAUCUUUAAAGUGCAUCGCUCCGCCACCACCACCACCACCGCCUUCCACCCGCCACCAUGGAGUUACUGGACGGUGGCGCCGCCGGACAUUUCGUGGCCGAGGCCGAAAACAUCAUCUACCGUGGAGAGCCGUGCUUCGGCUACUCAGACAUCGACUUUCUCGACGACUUUGACCCCCGACUCGAGAGCCCGGCGGCGCCGGGCGGCGCUCACCGCGGCGGCGGCGGCGUGGACGACGACGAUCUGAUGCCGUCGCCCGUCGGGGACGAUCAACACGUGCGGGCGCCCCUGCACGUGGGCCACCACGGGCCGGGGCCCUGCCUGCUGUGGGCCUGCAAGGCGUGCAAGCGCAAGACGAGCACCACGGACCGUCGCAAGGCCGCCACGAUGCGUGAGAGGCGCCGCCUGCGCAAAGUGAACGAAGCGUUCGAGACGCUCAAGAGGUGCACCUCGAGCAACCCCAGCCAGAGGCUGCCCAAGGUGGAGAUUCUGCGCAACGCCAUCCGCUACAUCGAGGGACUCCAGCGGCUACUGCGGCAGCAGGGAGGAGGAGGAGGCGGUGGUGGAGGUGGUGGUGAGCUGGUUGGAGGCAACCACGAGGAUGGAUACUCGGACGGGGGGAUGUCGGGAGGUCGAGACGAUGCGAGUGGAACGACGGAGUGUGGACGAGUGGCGUUUGGAAGAUCAGACACGGACUACGGGGGCCAAUACAACUCGCCCGUGCUCGAGGCCGCUGGAGUCAAGGGUGCGCUCGUCGUGUCCAGCCUUGACUGCCUGUCCAGCAUCGUGGAGCGAAUCUCCAGCGAGCAGAACCCUGGACCCGCUGGCCCGCCCGGCGGUGGCGCCCCCCACGCCGGUGGGCCCCCAGGUGGGCCGACCUACGGCCACAUCCCCUCCGACGGGGGCCCGGAUCCCAGCCACGGCGGAGGGACCCUCGGGGAACAGGGACCACUGUCGUGUUCCAUUGGCCGAGACAACUCGAUCGCCCCUACCCCUGUGUACGAGGUGUUAUAACUGAAGCAAGCGAGUCGGUGGGGUGGUAGCUGGAUGGGGUGGGGGGGAACCUAUGGCCCUGGGGUCAGUCAGAUACGGCUCAUGAUUUCAUUUCUUGUGGCCCUCAGCCACGCUAAGCCCACCACUUCCAAACUGCAGGCCUCUUGUACUAGAAGGGAGGGGGAGGGGGGGGGGGUUACGUUCAACCUGGCAACAUCACUGCAUUUCCAAUGUUCGUGCCGUCAAUCACUUGUGUCACUGCUCGAGAACCUUGCCGUGACGGAAGUGACUGAGGUGUGUACUGUAUUGGUACGGUUGCCUACAUGUAGUUGGGUUUUUUUACUCCUGUUCGGCUCUCAGCAAGGAAAAGGUUCCCCAACCCUGCACUAGAGUGUGUGGGCGCCCGUCUAUUUGUCUGUGUGUGUGUGGACAUAUAUAUGAGUUGCAAUUGUAAGUCGAUUUGUAGUUGGGUUUAAGUCGACUCACUAAAUGAAGUGAGUCUUCUUCUCGUUCUAGUCCCACGGCCGUUUUGUGCCAUUGGAGGCACAACCCUUUCCUUCAGAGAUAAUCUCCUUGCAGUGUUCUAAUCCAUUCUCUCCGUCCGUCACUCCGUCAUCACAACCGACAUCGCUGCCAUCCCGUCCAGUGCUUGCUGUUUUAUGACUAACAGCCAGAUCGUGGUGUUCAUCCUCUUCCCCCCCCCCCUGCCCCCAGCACUUUCCAUGCUUGGCAGUCGACCACACUGCAUCCUGACCACUUGUCCCCAAUGCAGUGCCGCAGUUUGCCGUGCUAGAUCCAACUUGGUUGCCUUUGCCUGUCCAGUACAAAGCGUGUUUUGUUUCUCGCACGUUCUGUAUAACAAAAGAAUCAAAGAAUUAUAUGCAGGAGGUUUUCGGUUCAGAGGCUCCGAUUCUCCGUCGUUGCUAGGGGUUUCACACCUCGCCGUUGAGUACACCGAGGGGAUCAACGGCUUCUUCUUUGACGUGACUAAGAUUUCUCUACUUUUUCCAUAUUUCAUUUAGUUUGCCUUAAGCAGCUCUUGCGGAGCCGAGUGUCAUGUUUGUGUCGUUUUUACUCGUGGCAUGUGCUGUCACGAUGCUGCCAAGAUAUUUUAACUUCCAGUGGCUGUCCAUCUUACAAUGAUGGUGAUCCCUUACUUUCCAGCAGUUCCUUUUUUACCAUUGGUGUUUAUUGUUGCAAAUAUUACUCAUCCUAUUGUGAAAAUUUAUCAAUAUCAUCUGCGAACCAGCAGGUUUCAUCGCCUUCACUCUGUUCCUCUUCAAGUGCCUCUCACGUAAUGUACUCCAACACACAUGUACUCCAACACACAUGUUGGAGUACCGUGCAGGAGGGAGACAGCGCACAAACCUGUCGCACUCCGAGCACGAUUCUAAACCAUUCCGUCAUUAGCGCAUCCCAUGCAUGGCCCAUUGUGUACCCUGCCUUUGUAUUUUUAUGCGUGAAUUAUCCAACAAUCGGCUGCGUAAAGUCGAGUAGAAACGCAGCAAGUCAAGGUGAAUUGUGUUGUAUGCUGUAUUUGGACAUGGGAUUGUGGUUGGAUUGUGGAGAGUAGCUCACAUGAUUCUGGACCAGCAUUGUCUCAUCUGACAUAGGACCCAACAUAAAUACAUACAUACCAUAAAAAAAACAAAUCCUUAUUUUAUCUGUUACAGAACCCCGGAUUCAUCCAAUACAGAACCCUUUACUUAUACGAUUAAAGAACCAUCAACUCAUCGAAUAGAGCAUUCUCGGCUCAAUUUAGUCUAUUAGUUCAGCUUAUAGGUGUUGAUGAAUUUCACUAACUUCAGUGGCCAAACUGUAAAUAUUUUCAUCGAUUAAUAUAUUAUUGGUUCUUUCGGUAAAGUCACGUAGAAGGGAAACAAUAUAAUAAUAAAAAUAUAAAACAAUAAAAUGUUCACGACGUUUCGACUGCAACACAAGCAAUCAUCA